GGUUGUUGUGUCUGGUGCCAGUAUAAGCAGGAGUGGCAUACAUACGCUCACACCAGGAACUCGAAAGAAGACGGCAACCCUUUUCCUGGUACAUCUAUUGACAGUGUUAUAUUAAAAUGGGGGCUUGUUUGGCCUUGUGCUCCCUUGCCAGCUGCGUAAGUAUUUUUUUUAAUACUAUAUUAUCUGACUCUUAACGGCAGGCUUUAGUCGAUGCUGUUUUUAAAACGUCAACGAUCAACGCUUGGCCAACUAACUCCUAGCACAACGCAAAUCGCUCAAAACCAUGUGAAAUAACUUUAAAUAUGUGACUGGGUUAUUAAAUGGAUGUUGUUGGACACAUACUGCAUAAUACACAAGUUGAUUUAAAGGGUUUCGACGGGGCCAAAGAGAAGGGGGCGGAAGAAUAGCGAGCUAAGCUAAUGUUAGACUAUUUGAUGCUUACGGUUCGUCUUGAUCGUCAUAUCAAACUUCAGGGUAAUGGACCACUGUCUGCGACUACAGCCUUUUGACUGGUUGAACGAUACCUAAACAGCCGAACACUAUGCUUACUAUGUCACAGUCAAAAGCCUGGUUUGACAUGAAUAAGGUGGAGCCUGUUCGUCUUUUGAUAUGUGUUAUGACUGUAUGCAUAAUAAAACAACUGUGCCCUAGAGUUGUUGACAUACUGGUCUACAUGGUUUGUUUUAUAAUUAAUCGUUGGUAUGAGUCAGUCAUGUAGGUGAUAUUUUUGGACUUAUCCUGGGAUAUUCACCGUCAUGGUGUACCAGUAUUAUAAAUGGAACAACCUCUUAUAGAUUUGGCACAUCUCUAAAGCAAAUGUCUACCUCCAUUCACUGUCAGUCCUCCCUAAUGCUUUGCCUUUAUUAAUCUGUGGAUUUAUUUAUUUAUGGUCCCUGUCACGAUCACGCACAGGCCUCAUGUCUGUGUGGCUCGGCACCAUGCCUGCUGUGUGGCUGCUGUCCCUCCUCCAAUAACUCCACCAUCACACGGCUGGUUUUCUCCUUCUUCCUGCUGCUGGGGACAAUGGUGUCUGUCAUCAUGAUACUACCUGGAAUGGAGGAACAUCUCAAUAAAGUAAGAUCUUUGUCAAUCGCCACUGUUAACAACAUUAUGCUGUCAAUGUAUUGAUUAUAUUUGAUCAUUUCUUCAGAUUGUUUGAACUCCCUAUGGUGGUUACAGUGCAUGAUUUCUUGUCCAUAUUCGGUGUAUGAGAUGUAUGAGUAGUUGUUGUGAUGAACUUUUUAGAUUAAAUAACUAGGUCUCUGAGAUAGGGUGGUUACUUAUUAAAAGCCACACUGAGGUCAGACCUGUAUAACAUUACAGGAAAUGGCUCACUUGUGAUAAAGUGUCCUGAGUAAUAAAGUGACAGCUCACCAGUACCAUGUAAUAACACUUACAGAGAUGAUAAGAUACACCAUCUCUACCUGGCACUUUCCAAAAAUGAUUUUCCUGUUUAUUUUUUCCUGAUGUGUAGAUUCCAGGAUUUUGCAAAGGAGGAUCCUCUGUGAUUGGUUUUGAAAAUCAAGUCAAGUGUGAUGUCAUCGUGGGCUACAAGUCUGUGUACCGGAUGUGUUUUGCCAUGACCUGCUUCUUCUUCUUGUUCUGCCUCAUCAUGAUUGGUGUUCGAAGCAGCAAAGAUCCACGUGCGGGUAUUCAAAAUGGGUGCGUACAGAUACAAUUGGUCUUAUUUAGUGUGCACAGGUAUUUGAGGUACUCACAUCAGGUUUCUAUUGGUUUGAUUACCCAGAUUCUGGUUCUUCAAGUUCCUGAUCCUGAUUGGUAUCACAGUGGGAGCCUUUUUCAUUCCUGAUGGGACCUUUCAUACUGGUACUGACUUGCUCUGAUAGUGAAGAAUGAACAUUUGUAUUCUGUGUCAGUUCAUUGAGGAGACUCAGACUAUAAAUAUUUAUCUUUAAAUGUUUUGUGUCUUUUUCCUGUCCCAGUGUGGUUUUACUUUGGAGUGGUGGGAUCCUUCAUCUUCAUUUUGAUUCAGCUCAUCCUUCUCAUUGACUUUGCUCACUCCUGGAACAAGGUGUGGGUAGAAAAUGCUGAAAGUAGAAACAACAAAUGCUGGUUUGCAGGUACACUGUUCAUUAAAAAAUAAGGCUUUCUUGCCAAUUUUUAAAAAGUAAUUAGCACUGAAGUCUGUUGAUGGCUGCUUUUUUUCUAUCCAAUUUCCAGGUCUUCUGUCUUUUACUGUCCUUCAUUAUGCCUUGGCUUUCUCUGCUGUGGUGCUUUUCUACGUUUACUACACUCAACCAGAUGGCUGCACAGAGCACAAAGUCUUCAUUAGCCUCAACCUUAUCUUCUGCAUCAUCAUCUCAAUCGUGUCCAUUCUACCUAAAGUACAGGUAUAGUGUUCAGUAGCAAUGUUCAUGCAAGAGCUGCUGUUUCUCAAAUUCACCAGAGGCUUUUGCUUCAACUCUGAUGUCUAAGUCACAUGUUUAUACUUAUGUAUUAGCUCUACAGUCUACACUGCAGCCAUUGUCACAACAAGCUAUGUAAAUAGGCUUCUGCGUAGGUACAAGGGUAAAUGUACUGCAGGGCUACAUGAACCUGCUGAUGCUAUCACGUAGAUCCAAAUUAGAAGUAUAGUCUAUAGUCUAUAUUUUACAUGAUGUCCCAUUUCAGCUUAUUAAUAUUAAGCACUUUUUGUCCCGUUCUACAGGAAGCCCAGCCACACUCAGGUUUGCUCCAGGCCUCACUUAUCUCCCUCUACACCAUGUAUGUCACCUGGUCUGCAAUGACCAACAACCCAAGUGAGUCUCCUUCCUGACUUACACUUUGCUCUCAUCACUCCUGUGUAGCUCAUGGUUGCGUGCUCGGUUGUGAUCAUACUCCCUGUUUUCUUUCAAUGUAUGUAUUUGCUGAUUGUCUUCUGCCGAAAUUUGAUUAUAGUGGUAAGUUUCCAAAGACAAGCUUUAGGAUCAAAGAGCUGUUUUUUCAGUAGGUAGACCAUCUCCCUUGUCUUAUCUUGUGUCUCCAGCUGAAUAGCAACAAUGGGCUAGAUUGUGGUGACUGUAGGGUUAGAUUUUUCUAUACAUAGUCACUGAGAUCUAUUUACAGUCAUCAAGGCUGUAAAUAUGUCAAAUUAGAUUUCACCUUUCUAUAAAUGUGAGAAAGGUGCCAGAGAUUCACUGUACAAGGUUAAAAGGUCUGUUAAAGCUUAGAAUUUCAAAGAUGUCCAAAGAACCAAAACUUAGGGAAAUAUAAGUGAAACUAUACUGAAAGACAGUUACCCAAGCCACAGCUAUUUAACCUACUGGGUGCAUUAAGGGAGGUUUAACUGAUGGGCAGAGUUCCACUAGAGGGCAGCACAUCCCUGGCAUAAGCCAUAUCUCAGUGAGGAAGAAGAAGUCAAGGUUAUGAUUUGUAAUCAGAUCAUUAAAAAACAAAAAUCUGUUCAACACAGACUGGGACUUUAAGGGGGCAAAUAAGCUGGACUGUGGUUGUAACAGCAGUAGACAGGGAUCAGCUUGUCUGGCCUGGCAGCUGAGAACACAGUGCAGAAGUAGAGGCUAAAGGGAUGGGAAGGUGGGGGAGAAAAGUGUGAGCGCAGAGCAGCAACUCAGUGUCUGGAACCAGUAAACAUGUGUUUGAUUGCAAGUAUUCGGGUACUGUUUAUCCUAGCAGCAUACAUUCAUUAUAGUAACGAUAAAACUCCAAAUUAUCCAGAGAUAUUUGAAGUACUUUCAUAACCUCUCAUAUGCCAAAAAUGUCUAAUACUUGGAUUGUAUGCUCUGACAUCUUAGAUCGAAAGUGUAACCCAAGCCUGUUGAGUCUGGUGUCAAACGUCAACACCACUGUACCACCAGAGGGCAGCAACACAGAAGGAGUGCAGUGGUGGGAUGCACAGGGCAUCGUUGGUUUGGUAAUCUUCCUCUUCUGCACUCUCUAUGCCAGGUGGGUAAAACUCUCCAAGAGUCAGGUUUUUGUUCUGUCUCUAUAUCUCUGUAUCUAUAGUUAGAUAAAUGGACAGAUGGAUAUUAUUCUUAACUAAACAUCCUCUCUUGAUCUCUUUCUCAGUAUCCGCUCAUCCAGUAAUGCCCAGGUAAACAAGCUGAUGCAAACAGAGGAGGGUGGAGGUUCAGGUGGAGAGGGGGUCAUGGGAGAGGAUGGUAUACGCAGGGCUGUGGACAAUGAGGAAGAUGGAGUCACCUACAACUACUCCUUCUUCCACUUCCACCUUUGCCUGGCAUCUUUAUACAUCAUGAUGACUCUCACUAACUGGUACCAGUAAGUAUUUCUCCCCAUCAGACUUUUAGCCAUAAAGGAUUAGUUACAAUUUGAUAUCGAUAUCUUGUAAAGUUUUGUUCUCCUUAGCUGACAAAUGUUUUAACUCAAGGUUUUUAGUAGUUGUAGUCUUACAGUCUGGCCACCAGGGGUUGUAAGAUGUCACCUAAAGCAGUGGUUCUCAAGUCCAGUCCUUGAGGCCCACUGUCCUGCAUGUUUUGGAUGUUUAACUGCUCCAACACACCUGAUUCAAAUGAUCAGCUCGUUAUCAAGCUCUGUAAUGGCUUAAUAACGAGCUGAUCAUUUAAAUCAGGUGUGUUGGAGCAGGGACACAUCCAAAACAUGCAAGACAGUGGACCUCGAGGACUGGACUUGAGAACCACUGACCUUAAAGGUUAUCCAUCAAUUUAACACAGAUUCAAUUUCUUGAAAUCUUUAAAACUAAAAAAAAUAUGUGCUUUUCUUGAUAACUCGUGAAAAAACACAUGUGUAUUAAGUUCUCAGUGUUAUGUUGAGUUAAUUUAACAGUGCCUUUCCCUCUGUCCCCCCCGCAGACCAGACACCACCACCCAGGCCAUGCAGAGCAGCAUGCCUGCUGUGUGGGUGAAGAUGAGCUCCAGCUGGCUGGGUCUGGGACUCUACCUCUGGACCCUCAUUGCCCCCCUCCUCUUUCCGGACAGGGAUUUCAGCUGAGCAAGCACCCCUUGAUUAGCUGUGCUUUUUUUUUCUUGCACAGGAUAAGAGGCAGUCUGAAGGAUACUUUGAAAAUGAAGGAAGAAGGAUAAUACACACUAAGUAUAAAUGACUAAAUUUUUGCUGUCUUUUUCUCUUAAAUGUUUCUGCUUUUAGUUUUUUAGUUGUGCUCCUUUUAGAAUGAUUAUUUAGUGCAGAAAAUCACUGUAAGUGAGGUGUGUUUUUAAGUAAGCUUGAUUGAUAAUGGUUUUGACUGUGAGAAUUUGGUUUCUGUUCUUUUUUAAGCCCCCACCUUAUCAAGCGUCUCCCUCUCCCUCUCCCUUCUGCCUGAUGUGGUCGUGAUAUUGUGAUAUUGCUAUAUGAGCUCUGUUAUCUUAUUGCUGAAUAUUAGUUACUAGACUAUCGCAUUGACUCAGCAACCAGGCAGUUUGUCAAUACCUCAGACAUUUUGCCAACAGAUUCCCCUUUAAAGGCCUAUGACGUCAGACUUCUCUGAUUGGCUGGGUCUGGAGUCCCUACGAUUACAGUAGCUGGAAUGUGUUAGAGCCAGGGGCGACAGGGGGAACCCUCCUAAGGAGCCUCAGAGUGAGGUGAGUGUGAGAGUCAGAUAAGACUUUGAUGACACACCCUACAGAUAAGAACCGGGCUUCCCUUUUGCUGCUAGGCUGGAUGUAAAUCCACGUCCUCACACUUUCAGUCCUCACAGAGCAUGAGUCUAAUCUCAGCUCUCCUUCAUCCAAUGGUCAUUUAUCUGCGGUGCUAAGCCUAUCUGUCGUCUGAUGGGUAUUGGCCAUGUGCAGCCACGGGCAACAAUCUGUACCUGUAAAACAAGUCUGUUUGCAGCCUGGAGACAUGUAUUGAUCCUUAGCAGUCAGCAUCGUGUGAUGCGCAAUGGUACGGCUCAAGAGGUGAUCGCCUGAGAUUCUGCAGAAUGCCAUUAUGUCCAGAAUGUUGUCGAGCGUGGUAUUGAGUGAAGUAAAAAGGGACUUUUAAUUGUCGCACCUUCAAGAUGACGAAGCAUUUCAGUGCUGAUGAAUUGCUGUUCAGUGGUGUUGAUUUUCAUAACCUGUUGAUGGUUGUUUGCUGGUACAGUCAUUUAUGCAUUAUAUAAAAGUUACCUCGAUUUCAAAAUGAAUGGAAUAAGUCAAAGUAGAAAACAUUUUGUAUCUAUAGAGGAAAAAAGUUUUUGGAACAAUCUUUAAAAUGUGCAAUUUUGUUUAAUGUUCUUUUUAACAUUUCAAUUGCCACGCAAAUCAAACACAAGUAUUGUGAAUUAACUCGUGAUAACUUCUGUUUUUGCUAUGUUUCAAUUGAAUCUUGUGACGUGUAUGCACAUUUAAUCAACACUACCCUACUUAAAGAGAUUGUUAAUGUAGAAUUGCAAUGUUAGUGUAUAACAUGUAACAUUUCCAAACACUAUUAAGUGCCUUUUUGUAGUCCUGGGUUUCAAAAUGAAUCAAUCUCUAAUGCCGAUAUGUGCUUGUCAUGCCUUGCCUUACAUAGUGGUGACUGAAUCAUUGCAUGCCAUAUAACAAGGCACAGGCCUAUGACUGGUAUCAAUAUUGUAAGUUAUGUAUAAACACUGUUUUUAAUAAACCUUGAAAUCUGCCAAUCACUGUCUUCAUGAAGCUUUCAUAGAAACUUCAC